AUGCGAUGGGCUGCCCUAGUCCUCGUGAUUAACGUGAUUCUGGCCAUUAUUGCGAUCGCCUUGGGCUACUCGGGCUUCUCAUCUCGCAACGAUCGAUCGACAGUAUCGACAGCAAUUUAUGAUGGGAAAUGCUCAGUAUCGGGUGGUUGGGCAUCAGGAUUGCAUGCGUUGAUUAACAUUCUCAGUACGGGUCUGUUGGCGGCGAGUAAUUAUGCGAUGCAAAGUUUGAGUGCUCCAUCGCGAGAGGAUAUCGAUAUCGCUCAUUCCAAAGGAAAGUGGCUGGACAUUGGGACGUUCGGCUAUCGGAACAUCCUUGCCAUGGACAAAAGACGCAAGCUGACUUGGUUGGUGCUUCUGCUGACUUCAGUACCAAUCCAUCUGAUGUAUAACUCAGUUGUAUUUUCCUCCAUGGCCACAAAUCUGUACGGAAUCGUCUUAAUCCCGGAUGACCUGGCCAAAGAUGAAAUGAUUUUCAACAACCAGACAGCAGAGGUAAUCACCAAAUCACUCGGGUACAGUGCGCAGGACCUGCAAGCCGAAAUCUUCAACGGUACCUUCAAAAACCUCAGUUUGGAAGAGUGUGUGGACGCUUAUGCUGUCGAAUAUAACACCCAUCGCACCACGGUAGUGCUAGUCGCCGAUCGGGAGCAUUUCAAUAACGUUUCCAGCCUUCAGUCAUAUUACGAACAGUCCAAUGUCCUGGGACUCGUGGACCGCGGUCAAUGGUCAGUCUGGGCCCAGCAGUGGAGUUAUCGAAACUGGGAAUUCCGGUCUUUACGAAACGACGUUGGAACGCUUUGCAACUAUGUCGCGGCUUACAAUCCCGAUGACCAGCAACUGGGCCGAUAUCUGAAGUCUACCUCGCACUGGGAAAAUAACACAUGGGCCUCGCAACUUUCAUAUCAAUGGCAGAACUAUACAGACAGUAUCACUGGGUUUGAUUACCCUAUGCCUCGACCCGCGUUUGAAAUUCCCGUGUCCCACUGCAUGAGUAAGGAGAAGGAGGAAAAGUGCCAGCUGCUGUUUAGCUUGCCCAUCUGUCUCGUUGUCAUUCUGUGCAAUAUGAUCAAGCUUAUUGGUAUUUGCAUGGCGGCUCAUACCAAGCGGAAGAGAAUCUUCUUAACAGUUGGCGACGCCAUAUCUUCCUUCUUGACCUCGCCAGACCUAACAACGAAGCACCUAUCUCGUCAACCCUCGUGGAAACGUCAAAAUGAGGCACAACUGAGAGGCGCGAAGUCAUUAUUCAACAGGGCUAUCGGCUGGAUUUCUCAAAAGCAACGUGGCCCUCACAGUCCAGACCAUACGGCUCAUAUUGCAUUGAACUCCCUGCCUACUUCCGAGGAUAUGGACCGGAGCUUUGCACCCAGUAAUACGCCUAAUCCUGGAAGAUGGUACCGUGCAGCAAGCCCGAGACGUUGGGCAACGCUCCUUUUCAUUAUCAUAUCUUCCUUUAUCACUGCCAUCGUCCUGUUCAAAGUGGGAAGCGGCCAACGCUACCCCAACAAAGUCACGCUACAAACCUCAUGGGAAACCGGAUUCGGCAAGCCGAGUUCCGUCGCGAUGAUCGGCCAAGCCGCACAAAGCGUCAUGGAAGUCGUUCUUCUCAGCAACAUGCCGCAGCUGGUCCUCUCCGUCCUGUACUUCCUCAGCAACGGCAUCUUAACCAACAUGGUGGUAGCAGCCGAAUACAACGAGUACGCGAUCCACCGAAAACCCCUGCGAGUGUCCUGGCCAAAGGGCCAACAACGAUCAACUCGCUAUCUCAGUCUACCGUAUCGAUAUCGAGUUCCGUUUAUGAUUCUGGCCGUUGCGCUGCACUGGCUGAUGUCGCAGAGCUUGUUCUUCACACAAGUUCGGCUUUUCGAUAUCGAUGGGGAGAUGGUCGAGCGGUGGAGUACGACUCGCUGUGGGUAUUCGCUUGUGGCUAUUCUUACGACGUUGAUUGUUGGGGCGAUUGCGACGCUUUCUUUGAUGGGACUGAGUCUGCGAAGAUAUAAGUCGAACAUGCCGCUUCCUAUAUACAGUAGUAUAGAGAUCAGUGCUGCUUGUCAUCCCCCGGCGGAUGAUCAUGACGCAGCUUUGAAGCCUGUGAUGUGGGGUGUUGUCCCUGAAGAUGGCAGAUACACAUUUACUUCGAAGGAGGUUUUGUGUUGA